UUGAAACCAGUUACCGACGAAAAAUUGGAAGGCGAUGGCUUUAUAGAUAUUGAGCAUACAGCAGCCUUUACAAGGAUACGAGGAGUUGGCGAUAUGUUUUGGUUAUUCUAUCCAACAGUCGCAAGUAUCCCUACAUCUCGACCCAUAAUUCUCUGGCUAGAUGGAAUUACAGGCGUUCCGCCUAGUCUUUUGGCAAACUUUGGAAUUUUCGGGCCGCUUGACAUCAAUUUAAACAAAAGAGAGAACUCUUGGGUCAAUGAUUACAACUUAUUGUUCGUGGAUGCGCCUGUUGGUACUGGAUUUAGCAGAGCGGAGGAUAACACAACAAUCUCCCGUGAUCUCGAUGACACUGCUGAAACCUUAUUAUACACUAUCGAGUCUUUCUAUAAAAUUCAUGAAAGUUAUGAAAAUACACCUCUUUAUAUAUUUGGUCAAGGUCAUGGAGCACAACUAGCAGUAGCGUUAGGAAUACGCCUUGCUGAGACACAGAGCUUUUCUAAUAAUCUUAAAGGUGUUGUAAUAGGCAAUGGAAUUAUGUCUCCUGCCUUAGCACUUACAAAACUCGGUUUUUACCUUGAGGAGCUUGCUUACAUAGAUGGAAAUGGACGGAAUGCUAUCGAAGAGUUUUCCACCAGCAUAAAUAAUUACACCAAUGACGAGCAAUUCGAAACAGCCUUUGACACAUUUUUGUCUUUGGGAACAUAUGUUAAUGAAUACGCUGGUGCUAUAGCUGUUAAUUUAAAUUACAUUAUAGACAAAUUAAGCCAAAAUACUUCACAAGAUUCUUUUGGAUUAAAUAAAUAUCUCCGAGACACAGUUUAUACAUCAGAUACGGACCUAUACAAGUUCAUGGAUGAGACGAUAGCACCCAUUCUAGGUAUAUCUGACAAUGUCAAAUAUGAGGAGCAACGUGACGCUGCAACCCAAGCUUUUAGAUCAUCAUUCAUGAGACCAGCAGUAGAUAAAGUCGAACAUCUGCUUCAAAAUACAAAUGUCACGGUAACGGUUUACAACGGAAAUCUAGACGCGAUCUCCAAUACACCAGGUCAGCUACUAUGGGUUGAGAAUCUACAAUGGCCGGGUCAAGAUAGCUUCUUGAAUAGCUCUCGGAGUACUCUUAUAGUGAAUAGUCGCGUCGAAGGCUACUUCCGACAGUCAGCAAGGUUUCAAUUCUAUUGGAUAAACGCUGCAGGCCAAUCGGUGCCUCUUGACAGUCCAGUAGCAAUGAGAAGAGUCCUUCAAAGUAUUACAAGCAACUAA